AUGAAAAUCCAUCACCUCAUCAAUAUUUCUCACUAUUUUCUCCUUUCGUUGUGCUUAUUGGGUAUUGGACUUGCAACCGGUACUGCUGUGAAACCGAAAUCAGUGUGCAUUGAGGAAGAAAGGAAAGCACUUGUGAGCUUCAAACAAGAUCUUACUGAUCCCUCUGGUAGGCUUUCUUCUUGGGUGGGUCAUGAUUGCUGCCGCUGGGAAGGGAUUUCAUGCGACAACCGCACCGGUCAUGUUUCCCAAAUCGAUCUCCGCAAUCCAUAUUCAUUUGCCUGGUAUGAUGAAGAGUGGGACGAGUUGGCUUAUAACAAGUCUUGCUUGUGGGGUAAGAUAAAUCCUUCUUUGCUUAGCUUGAAACACUUGCAUUACCUGGACUUAAGUUUGAAUAAUUUUGAAGGGAUCCGCAUUCCUAACUUCUUUGGAGAGCUUAAAACUCUGAGGUAUCUCAACAUCUCCUCUGCAGAGUUUGUAGGAGAGAUUCCCCCUUCUCUUGGUAACUUAUCAAAUUUGAACUCUCUUCAUGUCGGUGGUUCAUAUCUCUCUUCCACAAACUUGAAUUGGCUUUCUCAUCUCUCUUCCCUAAAAUACCUCAAUCUCAUUGGAGUGGAUCUUCAUAGCAACACAAAUUGGCUGCAUGUUGUUAACAUGCUUCCUUCCUUACUGGAGUUACACUUAUCCGAUUGCGGAUUAGUAAGCCAUCCACUAUCUCUACAGAGGAUUAACUUCACCUCACUUUCGGUCCUUGAUCUUUCAUCUAAUGAUUUCAAUACUUCUUCAUUUCCCAGCUGGGUUUUCAAUCUUACUAGCCUCAAAAGACUUGAUCUAGGAUGGAAUUCUUUCAGUGCUCAUUUUCCAAAUGAAUUUGGUAACCUCAAAUCUCUUGAAUACCUAGAUUUAUUUCAGUCUAGGCUCAAAGAGAGUGGAGUGCCCAGAGUCCUUGGAAACUUAUGCAAGCUAAAGACAUUAAGUCUUGGGGGGAACAAUUUUAGUGGUGGGGGGAUUGAAGAGUUUUGGGGGAGUUUGUCAAAUUGUCCAAAUAAUACACUAGUAUUAGAGUCACUAGAUUUGUUUACUUGCUGGCUGGAAGGCCAAUUGCCGGCCUCCUUAGGAAUGUUAAAAAGUUUGCAGUAUUUGGACCUCUCUGGUAAUCAAAUGAACGGGUCCAUUCCACAAAGUCUAGGACAACUCUCCGAGCUAAUUGACCUCUAUCUGUUUGGGAAUUCUUGGGAAGGCAGUCUAACGGAAGCCCAUUUCAUUAAUCUCACCAACUUGAAAAGGCUUUCAAUAGGCAACGAUUUAGAUGACAUCGAGAAGCCCAUGUCCCUUGUUUUCAAACGUGUCUUAUGA